AUGACGACGACCACCACCACCACCAUGCAACCAUUCGAGUACAACGCCAACCCGGCCCGCGUCAUCUUCGGCCCCGGCACCCUGAAGCAGCUCCCCGCCGAGCUCGCCCGCCUGCGCGUCUCGGCACCGCUGCUGCUCAGCACGCCGCAGCAGCUCUCGCAAGCGCAGUCGCUCCAAUCCCUCAUCCUCGCCGCCUCUUCCUCCUCCGAAUCCGAUAAGCCGAUCACCCCCGCCGGCAUCUUCGCCGAAGCCACCAUGCACACGCCGACGUCCGUCACCGAGCGCGCGCUGGACGUUGUUCGCCAGUCACGCGCCGACGCCGUCGUGUCGGUCGGCGGCGGGAGUACGAUCGGGCUCGGCAAGGCGCUGGCGGUGCGGACGGGGCUGCCGCACGUGUGCGUGCCGACGACGUAUGCGGGGAGCGAGAUGACGCCGAUUCUGGGGGAGACGAGCGAGGAGGGAGAAGGCGGGAAGAAAGCGAAGACGACGAGGAGUGAUCCGAAGAUCUUGCCCGGGACGGUGAUUUACGAUGUCGAGUUGACGAUGACGCUGCCGGCGGGGCUGAGCGCGACGAGUGGGGUUAAUGCUAUUGCGCAUGCUGUCGAAGCCCUCUACGCCCGCAACACCAACCCCAUCAUCACCCUCCUCGCCCUCGAAGGCACAAAGGCCCUCGCCACCUCCCUCCCGACAAUCAUCCAGAACCCGUCCGACACCGCCGCCCGCACCGCGGCGCAGUACGGCGCCUGGCUCUGCGGCACCUGCCUCGGCAGCGUCGGCAUGGCCCUGCACCACAAGCUCUGCCACGCCCUCGGCGGCACCCUCGACCUGCCCCACGCCGAGACCCACACCAUCGUCCUGCCGCACGCCCUCGCGUACAACGCGCCUGCGCUGCCGGAGGAGACGUUGAAGAGGUUGGCGGACGCGCUGCCCGGGAGCGAGGGGGACCCGGUGAGGGGGUUGAAUGUGUUGUUGGGGAGGUUGGGGGUCAAGAGGGCGUUGAGGGAUUUGGGCAUGGAGGAGAGCGGGAUUGAUGUUGUGGCGGAUGUCGCGGUUAGGAAUCCGUAUUGGAAUCCGAGACCGGUGGAGAGGGAGGGGGUGAGGGAGGUUAUUCGGAGGGCGUGGGCGGGGGAGGAGGCGAGGGCGGUGUAG